UUAGAGUUCGCGCCUCUAUUUGCUCGGCCUUCCUUCGUCGCCCUCUCCGGCCGGACAAAAACCCUAGGAGCGAAGUCCGGUAGGCAUCGUUGCGGUGCUAUCAUCCUUUUCCUUCUUGAUCUACCCGCUGGAAAGGAGAGGAGAAGAGCUAGGAGAGGGAUCGACAACUGUGCUGCUACUCUUCGUCCUCUAAUGAAGGAACGCCCAGCGAAACGCCCUAAGCUGCACCAAAGAGGGGAGGAUGACUUUUUACCGGGUAACAUUGUCGAAAUAGAGGCCUGCAACUUCAUGACUUAUAAACACCUCAAGUGCCAGCCUGCCUCCCGCCUCAAUCUAGUCAUAGGUCCCAAUGGCUCCGGGAAGAGUUCUCUCGUUUGUGCCAUUGCUCUAGGACUCGCAGGAGAACCCCAGCUUCUUGGAAGGGCUUCAAGUAUUGGAGCAUUUGUGAAGCGGGGUGAAGAAUCUGGACACAUAAAGAUAUCUUUGAGAGGAGAGACUGAGCUUGAGAAGAUUGUGAUCACCAGGAAGAUUGACACGUCAAACAGGUCCGAGUGGGCCUUCAAUGGAACCACAGUGCCAAAGAGGGACAUUAUUGCAGUCAUUCAAAGGUUUAAUAUCCAAGUUAGCAAUUUGACUCAAUUUCUUCCGCAAGAUCGUGUAUGUGAAUUUGCUAAGUUGACACCAAUACAGUUGUUGGAAGAAACAGAAAAAGCUGUUGGUAAUCCCAAUCUGCCUGUACAGCAUCACGAACUUAUAGAGAAAAGUGUGCAAAUGAAGAAACUUGAAGUGACUGUUAAGCAGAAUAGAGAGACACUAAAUCAGCUUAAGGCCAUGAAUGCUGAGCAAGAAAGAGAUGUAGAACGUGUUCGCCAGAGGCAGAAACUUCUCGAAUAUGUUGAGUUGAUGAAAAAGAAACUGCCAUGGCUUAAGUAUGACCUAAAGAAAGUGGAAUGUAUAGAAGCAAAAAAGCAAGAGGCUGAAGCUAAGAAAAAGAUGGAUGAAGCUGCUAAAGUCCUGAAUGAUCUUAAAAUACCUAUAGAGGACCAGAAGAAAGAGAAAGCAACACAUGAAUUGAUUAGCAAGAAGAUAUCCAACCAAAUAAGUGAAAAUGCAAAGAGACGUGCAGAAGUUUUUGAGAAAGAAAGUGGAAUGGGGGUGCAAGUGCAAGGAAAAUAUACUGAAAUGAAAGAGCUGAAAAGGCAGGAAGAGUCUCACAAACAGAGAAUCAUAAAAGCAAAGGAAGAACUUCUUGCUGCUGAAAAGGAACUUGUGGAGUAUCCACCUUAUGAACCUCCAACGAAUGAGAUUGAAAAUAUAGGCAAUCAGAUAUUAGAGCUCCGCAUUAGUGCAAAUGAAGUGAAGUCUCAAAAGAAGGAGAAAGAGAGUAUUUUAGUUCAGAAGAAAAUGAUCUUGAGGCAGUACCUUGAUAGGUUGAGGAGCAUGGAAAAUAACAACAAUAAACUUCUUCAAGCUCUACAAAACUCAGGUGCUGAUAAAAUAUUUGAAGCUUACAAAUGGGUUCAAGAACAUCGAAGAGAGCUGAAGAAAGAAGUAUAUGGGCCUGUUCUGCUGGAGGUAAAUGUUCCUGAUAUGAGUCAUGCAACCUACUUGGAAAAUCAUGUGCCUAACUACAUAUGGAAGUCAUUCAUAACACAGGAUCCUGAGGAUAGGGAUUUCCUAGUUAGGAAUCUGAAAUCUUGCAAUGUCCCAAUUCUGAACUAUGUAGAAAAUAGAGGGACUAACAGAAUGGCAUUUCAAGUUUCAAAUAAGAUGCGUGAGCUAGGUAUCUGCAAUAGGCUUGAUCAAGUGUUUGACGCUCCUGAUGCCGUUAAAGAUGUUUUGAUUAGCCAAGCUGGUUUGGAACACUCGUACAUUGGUACCCAUGCCACUGACCAAAGGGCAGAUGAGGUUUCAAGCCUUGACAUAAUGGAUCUUUGGACUCCAGAAAGUCAUUAUAGGUGGUCCAGAUCAAAGUACGGUGGCCACAUUUCAGCAUCUGUUGAUACAGUCUACCCUUCACGACUUUUCUCGUGCAGUGUGGAUGUUAGUGAUAUAGAGAAACUGAAAUCUUUGAAGGAUGAAAUUGAGCAUGCCAUUGGAGGACUGGAAGAGAACUUGAGAGUGUUUCAGGCACGCCAAAGGCAAUUAGAAGAUGAAGAAGCUAAUUUGCACAAACAACGGGAUCAAAUGACCCAGACUUAUAGACUUGAGAAGAAGAGGCGCACUGAUCUGGAACGUCUUAUUGUACAAAGGAGAUGCAAACUUGAUUCCAUCAGCAAAGAGGAUGUGGAGUUAGGCACACAAAAACUUGUUGAUCGAGUCAUACAGUUGAAUGAGAAACGCUUCCAACUGGCAAUUAACUUAAAAACUUCUCUGAUGGAGGCAGUUGCUCUGAAAUGGAAUUUCACUGAGAAGCACAUGCUGUCCAUAGAGCUUGACGGAAAGAUCAGAGAAAUGGAGGCAGAUCUCAAGCAACAUGAGAAAUCCGCUAUCUUAACUGCUACACAUUUUAGCAACUGUCAAACAGAAACUGAGCAAUGUAAACGGCAAUUACGAGAAGCAAAGCAUCAUGCAGAAUCUAUUGCAGUUAUCACUGACAAACUUGCUCAAGAAUUUCUGAAGAUGCCAGGUACAAUAGAGGAACUGGAGGCCGCAAUUCAAGAUAAUAUAUCUGAAGCAAACUCGAUUUUGUUUCUUAAUCAGAAUAUUCUAGAAGAAUAUGAAAAUCGCCAACACAAGAUAGAAGCCAUAGAAGCUAAACUUCAGAUGGAUGAAAGCGAAUUAAGUGGAUGUUUGCAUGAGAUCAACACAUUGAAGGAAAGUUGGCUUCCCAUGUUGCGGAAUCUUGUUGCCAAGAUAAAUGAAACCUUCAGUAUGAACUUUCAAGAGAUGGCUGUUGCUGGAGAGGUUUCUCUGGAUGAGCAUGGCAUGGAUUUUGACAAGUAUGGAAUACUUAUAAAAGUCAAGUUCAGGCAAUCUGGGCAACUUCAAGUGCUGAGUGCUCAUCACCAGUCUGGAGGGGAACGCUCAGUUUCAACCAUUCUUUAUCUCGUAUCUAUUCAAGAUCUCACUAAUUGCCCCUUCCGUGUGGUUGAUGAGAUCAAUCAAGGAAUGGACCCUAUAAAUGAGAGGAAAAUGUUUCAACAGCUUGUCAGGGCAGCCAGUCAGCCAAAUACGCCUCAGUGUUUUUUGCUGACACCAAAAUUGCUUCCUGAGCUGGAAUACACUGAUGCUUGUAGCAUUCUGAAUGUGAUGAAUGGACCCUGGACAGAAAAAGCCGCUAAAGCUUGGAGUCGGGGUGGGUGUUGGCGUACAGUGAUUGGUUUGGCAGAAGAAUCUUAAGUAGAGGAAUUGUUCAUCCACCAAUUCCUCAGAGAUGGAACAGAUUCGACUAGCUGUUACUUUGGUCGUUCUCUUGGCUCUCGUUUCUUCACUUGUGAAUGUGGGGGUUAUUAAUGAUGGAAGGGAUAAACCAAUUUUUGGCGUCAUUUCGAUAAUGUUUGCUUGAGGAGAUGCUGGUGGGAAUCAAAAUUUGUAUAUUUUGUGGUGGGCGAGAGUUGUAUUUUGUACAGUAAAUUAGAGAUUAUGUAUAUUUGGUGCUAGGCGGCACAUUUAAGUGCAUCUCUUGUAGCCUUUUCUAUUGUAGACAUUUAUGUGCUGAAGAUUCUUCCCCAUCACUUUUUAUGCAUCGCUGAAGCAUAACGAGAAUUUCUGGAGUGAAUGUGCAGUUUCAAAAGCCAUUCUGUGCAAGUCAGUAUGGAUGUUAUCAUUUCAUUUCUUCACUGUAUAAUAUGGGGAAUUGAUCGUGUGAUAUUUACUCAAUUCACUUAAAGAUUAAAAUUAAGAUAAAAUUUUAUUUCCUUCUCCUAUGAUUGUAUGUAAUAGUUACUAUAGUAUUGAUUUUUAAAGGUGAUGUAGUUGUUAUGAUAUUGUAACAACUAUUGUGUAUCUAUUGCGUUGUAGUAGUUGUAUCGUUGUAACAAGCAUUGUACAAUUGUAAUAGUUAUAAAAUUAUUAUAGUUACUGCAUCGUUGUAGUA